GAGACGUUAAGUCCUUCAGACUGAGCGAAAGACCAGGAGAGAUUCAGCAUGGCCCACAAAAACGACUUCCAGUUCACCAUCAGGGAGUACAGCCCAUCGGAUGAACCUGCGGUCAUGUCACUCUUCCACGAUGGCYUUCUCGAGCACAUAUACCCAGCAUUUUUCAAGGCCAUGAGCAACUCAGACCAUGUUGGGAUAACUCUGAGCAUUUCCAUGGCUGGCUACGUGCUAGGAGGCAGUUCCUACUUCCAAGCUUUUCUUUUUGGCAGUGCAUGGGCUGGCCUCAUUUAUUACAGCUGCCGUGACAUCUAUGAUGGCUACAUGAUGGGGAGACAAAGCACAGACAUGGCUGACAUUCAAGCCAGCUACCUGCAAAACCCAGAUAAUGGUUUGUGGGUGGCAGAAGCAGACGUCAAUGGGCAGGCCAAGGUGGUUGGGAUGGUGGCAGUAAUGGGCAAGAAAGAGGAAGAAGGUGUGAGGUCUGAGGACUGGAAUGGAAGAGUGAGCACAGAGUUGGAUGCUGGGAACAGAAGUUACGGACUGAUGUCUCAUCUGGUCGUAAAGUUUUCAUGGCGCCGCAAAAACCUGGGCUCACAGCUGACCCUGAAGGCCUUGAGUUUCUGCAAAGGACGAGGUUUUUCCUGCCUUACUGUGGAUGUCAGCACACCACAGACUGCCGCCAUUUCCAUGUUCCAGAAAUUAGGCUUUGUUCAGAAAGCAUCCCACCGUAACAUGCAUGCUAACUGGUGGUUCUCCAAGCUAGCAAGAAUAAAUGUGGUUCAGAUGGAGAAGUURGUUUAAAUAAAAUACUCCUAGACUCAAAGUCUGAAGUGACUUUUUGUCAAAUAGUUAUCAAUAUUAGGUACUUAAUUGAUUUUGACACCAGRUACAGAUCAUUGAAUAUGGAGAGAGGUGUAGAAAUAUUUUACUAUGCUAGGCUAAUGAGGGCACGUUUAAAAAUUAAAAUCUUGUUUCAGGCUUAUACAACUAUUUUUUAAACAAAGAUCCACCAGGUUGUACAAACAUUAGGUUAGCUACUAAAGCUCUACACAUUUGCAUGACAUCAUUAGUUAAAUUUGUCCAGUGGUGGGCACAGCUAACUAAAAGGUUAGCUUCACUAACCUUUAAAUAAAAAUCUACUUGCCAGUGCUAGACCACAAAACAGAUUAAAAAUUAGGAGAAGCUAACAAUAACCGUUAAAACAUCUGUCACUCAGUAGUUGUCACACAUUUUCAUCUCCUUCCACUUSAAAACUUGUGGGUUUUAUACAGCAGCACAUUGUUAUAAAGACAGUAAGAGCAUAAAACCCUGUUUGUGUAAAAUGUGUCGCUCUGUGCGUCCAUAAAAAAUUAAAAUUUAAAAACCCCACAGUUCCAGGCUGGAAUAUACAGAAAAGUAUUAGAAUCAAUCAAUCAAUCAAUCAAUCAAUCAAUCAAUCAAUCAAUCAAUCAAUCAAUCAAUCAAUCAAU